GAAUGACAAGUUUCGAUAACGUGAAGGAGGGAAAGUCAAUGUCAAGCGAACAUAUCAAUUCAAAGAAGCUAGAAUAGAAAAUGUUGCUUAAUAUUAAAAACUAUACGGAUGGGAAAAUGUACUUUAAGCACUGAAAGGCUGUCCGUUCCCAUGGUCCUGGAAUGGCGAGGUGGCUCCUGAGGUUUGGAGCAGCGGCCACGGCAGGCUUAACGGUAUCGGGUUUAUACGCUGCUGCCCGGGUGGAUCCUAAUGAUGUCGGAUUCAUUAGAAUUGGACGAGCUGUUGCCACGACUGCAGUUAUCAGUUAUGACUACCUUGCCUCGCUCAGGGGUCUGGAGUAUGGAACAGAAGAAUAUGAAUCCGUCAAGUCACAGGUUCACCGUCGCUCUGCUCAUCACCUGCUGAAACUCUGCCGUGCCAACAGGGGCACCUUCAUCAAAGUGGGCCAGCACCUGGGGGGCUUGGACUACCUGUUGCCUGAGGAGUACACCAGCACUCUGAAGAUUCUGCACAGCCAAGCCCCGCAGAGCAGUCUGCAGGAGAUCAAGCAGGUUAUCCAGGAAGAACUCGGCAAAGAGAUCACCCAGCUGUUUGCCAGCUUUGACGAAACUCCCCUUGGUGCUGCGUCCUGGGCCCAGGUCCAUAAGGCAGUUCUACAUGAUGGAAGGACGGUGGCGCUUAAAGUCCAGCAUCCUAAAGUGCAGAGCCAGUGUGCCAAGGACGUUGUUCUGAUGGAGAUCCUGGUCCAAAGUGUGUCCUGGCUAUUUCCCGAUUUCAGCUUCGCCUGGCUGGUCGAUGAAACCAAGAAGAAUAUGCCACUGGAGCUUGACUUCCUGAAAGAAGGUCACAACACCGAGAAGAUGGCAAAGAUGCUCAAACACUUCCACUUCCUUAAGGUGCCUAAAAUUCACUGGGAGCUGUCAACCAGUCGUGUUCUAGCCAUGGAGUUUAUGGAAGGAGGUCAAGUCAAUGACAGGGAGUUCAUGAAGGAAAAUGGCAUCAACGUGAAUGAGAUCACUCAAUAUCUGGGGAAGCUCUACAGUGAGAUGAUCUUUGUAAAUGGAUUUGUGCAUUGUGAUCCACACCCAGGCAACGUGUUAGUGAGAAAAUCCCCUCAAACCAACAAGGCUGAAAUUGUGUUGCUGGACCACGGACUCUAUCAGACCCUGACAGACGAGUUCCGUCUGGAUUAUUGCCGUCUAUGGCGCUCUCUAAUCAAGACCGACAUGAAGGGCAUUGAGACGUAUAGCCGGCAGCUGGGGGCUGGCGAUUUGUAUCCACUCUUUGCCUGCAUGAUAACGGCCAGAUCCUGGGCAUCCAUAAGCAAAGGAAUUGACCAAGUACCAGUCAGCGAAAAUGAGGAUGUGGAGAUUAGACUAAAUGCAGCUAAGUAUCUACCUCGCAUCAAUGAACUGCUCAACAAAGUCCCUCGCCAAAUGCUGCUGCUGCUAAAGACUAACGACUUGCUUCGAGGGAUUGAGACGUCGCUGCAGACCCGAGCCAAUGCCAGUUCCUUCAUCACCAUGUCUCGCUGCUGCAUCAGAGCUGUGUCUAGGUACGAGAAGGAUGCUUCAACCUCUUGGUACAGAAAGCUGAAGAUCUCCUUAACCGAAGCUCUCGUCCUUUGGCAGAUCAGCCUGUACGAGAUCCUGCUCUGGGUUAAGUCUUCAUCACUGGGCAGCUGGAUCAGUGGCAUCGAUACACGCAAUCACCCUCUACAGUGAAGGAACUCUCUCGGCCAAAGAAAGGACUGGAUCUCCUCUUUUUGUAUGGACCAUUCUGCCCUUCUCUAGCCUUGUGGUCAGCUGUGUUGUUCAAAUGGGCCAGGGCCUCAUGGAUUUCCCAUCUCAAUAGAAUUCUCCUCUGUCUCGUUAAAGUCAUCAUUUUUCCAGCUGUUUAUUUGGGUUUUCAAAACAGAACUAAACACACCACAACACCACCCAAAGUGCUCCAAACUCAAGACCAAUUAGAAAUCUGUCCUGUGGUUACAUUAUAUCAAGGGAUAUGGGGACAAGGCAGGAACCGGGUAUUGAUAGUAGAUGAUCAGCCAUGAUCUCAGAAUGGCAGUGCACCAAAGUAGACCAGAAUGGUCUACUUCUGCGCCAAUUGUCUAUUGUCUAUUAUAGCUAAGGAAAGUGCUGAACUGCCUAUCCACAUCCAAACAUUACCAUGACCUUUGAGUAUUAAGAUUGAGAUGUGAUCUAAUUUCAGUGUUCACAAUGAUUAGAGUUGUAUGAAGGUGUGAUGCUCACUGCAAAGUUCUAAACACAAGUGAAAACCUUAAGCCCUAUCAGAUAUAGAUAGCCAUGAGUACUCUCACUAAAGUGAGUUAUACUGUAACUAUCUAAUCUUCAAAGACUAGUUCACUUCCCUGUUAAUUCCCUGCAGUGAGUUUAGCUACGAGUAUCCACCAUUUAAGUGUUGGGUCCCUCUCCCUACUGAGGAUAAGACACUUGCAGCGAACAAAGUAGUUUAAAACAGUUUAUUUAUUUUCAGUGGUACACAUUUAAAUUGAAACAACAUUCUUAAAACACAUUUAAAACUCAGAGCAUUUCUAUUGUAAAAUAUCCAAAUACAAACGAUUUCUAAAAAACAAUUUCCAAAACACAGGUACAAUUCUUAUAAAAACUGAAAAAACUUAACCAACAAUAUGGAUGAAUGAAUCAUCCUUUGCAGAAAUUGAAGCUAGAGGAAUGUAUUCUAGUUCACCCCAUUUCAUUCACUUUUCUUGUUUUCCUUACCCCAUUCCUAAUAAGCCUGUACCCUCUACAUUUAUACUGCUUUUUCUGCCACAUGUAUGACUUCACAUGCAUAUGAUAUUUCCUCAGAUACCCUUUUUACACAAUUAACCUCAGAGCUAUUUGAAGACACAGAACCAAGCUUCCCAUAGUUAAUGCUGUAAAGCUAACUUUACUGAGUACAUAAACCUUCCAAAUAUAAACAUAUCAGUCAUUUGAUAUGCUAAGUAAUAUUAUCCAUUUGGUCUGAAAGCUUCCUUGAUUUAAACAACCUAGUCAGCUUGUCUGUUUUGAAACAAGCCAAAUUAAAUAGCCCAUUGUCUUAAACUGCACCUCUUGAGCAGCAAUAAAGCAGGUGUAGUGGGCUAGCAGUCUGCUCCAUAGAGCUUGUUUGCAAGGAUACUCUAUAGACUCCGCUUGUUUUAACUGCAAACUGAUUACUGCUUACAAUUUACAUUUUAAGAACUCGACUGGCUCCCGUUUACCUUGCGAAGCUAAACAACUGUUUAAUCCUACAAAUGGCAGCUGCUGUGUUCAUAAAGCCAAUCCUGGCAAAGAAGAGAUCCCCUGGCCCAGGAAGCAAACGUCCAUCACAAAGGAAACUGAUCAGGCAACUUGUGUAUCAAGGAUCAAAGGUCAACUUUAUUCACCAUAUAUGUUUACAGAUAUAAGGAAUUUACUGUGGUGUGUUAGUCAGGGUAUGACAUGUAACAACAAAACAACA